AUGAGCUGCAAAUGUGCAUGCAAGGAUCUUGUGGCUCCUGUCCGUGAUGGGAAGCUGAAUACACUGGUGCAGAUCUCUGUGAUCCACCCCGAGGAGCCCAGUCUGACAAGAUAUUCCAGCACGGAGGUGGUGGAGGGAACAAGAGACCCACUGUUUUUGACUGGUGUCACAUUCCCAUCUGAGUACCCCAUCUAUGAGGAGACCAAAAUAAAACUAACAGUCUAUGAUGUCAAGGAUAAGUCUCAUGACACUCUCCGAACCAGUGUCCUACCGGCACAGAAAGACCCCCCACCAGAGGUUGGGCGAAGCUUCCUGGGCUACGCCAGUUUUAAGGUCGGGGAGCUGCUGAAGUCGAAGGAACAACUGCUGGCCCUGAGCUUGAGAUGCUCAUAUUUAAAUGAGUGUGCACUGGUGUGUGAAUGUACAGCCCCAGAAAAUGUGAGCAGCAAAGAUCACUUACCUUUUCUGAAUGCAGUGUUAACGAACCCAGUAUGUAAAUUAUACCGAUUUCCCACGUCUGAUAACAAGUGGAUGCGGAUCCGGGAGCAGAUGUCAGAAAGUAUACUUUCCUUUCACAUUCCUAAGGAAUUGAUAUCCCUGCACAUAAAGGAAGACUUGUAUGCGAUCUAUGAUGUCAUCACUGUGGGAGCCCCAGCGGCUCAUUUUCAGGGAUUUAAGAACGGUGGUCUUCGGAAGCUACUGCAUAGAUUUGAAACGGAAAGAAGAAAUACUGAAUACCAGUUCAUUUACUAUUCACCUGAAAACACAGCCAAAGCAAAAGCGGUUCUCAGCAACAUCAAUCAACUACAACCUCUUAUAGCAGCCCAUGCAGACCUACUACUUAAUUCUGCCAGCCAGCAUUCUCCAGAGAGCUUGAAGAAUUCCUUAAAGAUGCUUUCUGAAAAAACAGAGCUUUUUGUACACGCCUUCAAGGAUCAGCUGGUCCGGAGCUCUCUUUUGGCACUCUACAAUGCCAGGCCAGGUGGCGUCCUUAAGAAGCCACCAUCUCCUCAAAGACUCGUGGAGGAGGGCAGGCCCCAGGACCAGCCCCCACCAAUAAGAAGGCAGGACUCCAUACCCCAUCAUUCAGACUACGAUGAAGAAGAGUGGGAUCGGGUGUGGGCCAGUGUGGGGAAGAGCCUGAACUGCAUCAUUGCCAUGGUGGACAGACUGACGGAAAGAGAUGGCGGGAGUGAAGGCAGCGGCAGCACCAGCCAAGAUGGAGAAAAGGAAUUGUUGCCAGCAGGUGCCAUCAUGCCUCAAUCACAGGAGGACUGGUACGAGCAGCUGCACCCCCUCAUCCUUACCCUGAAGGACUGCAUGGGGGAAGUGGUGAGCCGGGCCAAGCAGUCGCUGACCUUCGUGCUGCUUCAGGAGCUCGCCUACAGCUUGCCCCAGUGUCUGAUGCUGACCCUGAGAAGAGACAUCGUCUUCAGUCAAGCGCUUGCUGGAUUGGUCUGUGGCGUUAUCAUCAAAUUGCAUACAAGCUUGGAUGACCCUGGCUUCUUAGACCAGCUUCACACAAUUGGCUUGAUCGUACAGUAUGAAGGACUGCUAAGUACAUACAGUGAUGAAAUUGGAAUGCUCGAGGACAUGGCUGUUGGCAUUUCAGAUUUGAAGAAAGUAGCAUUUAGAAUAACUGAAGCCAAAUCGAAUGAUGUCUUGCCCGUUAUAACAGGAAGGCGUGAACAUUACGUGGUCGAGGUCAAGCUUCCGGCUAGAAUGUUUGAGUCGUUGCCCCUGCAGAUUAAAGAAGGACAGUUGCUUCAUGUGUAUCCAGUACUUUUUAAUGUUGGGAUCAAUGAACAGCAAACUCUGGCUGAGAGGUUUGGUGAUGUCUCUUUGCAAGAGAGUAUUAAUCAAGAAAAUUUUGAGCUCCUAAAAGAAUAUUAUGAGAUGUUUAUGGAAAAGAUGCCCCCUGAUUACAUUUCACAUUUUCAAGAACAAAAUGACUUGAAAGGAUUACUAGAAAAUCUCCAUCAAAAUAUCCAAGCCAAAAAACGAAAGAACGUAGAGAUCAUGUGGCUGGCUGCAACGAUUUGUCGCAAGCUCAACGGCAUUCGUUUCACUUGCUGUAAAAGUGCCAAAGACAGGACCUCCAUGUCGGUGACGCUGGAGCAGUGUUCCGUCUUGAGAGAUGAGCACCAGCUGCACAAGGACUUCUUUAUCCGGGCCCUGGAUUGUAUGAGAAGCAAACACACCCAGGGAGCACUGAACGAAUCUGAUGACCCGGAAACAGGCUGUCUAACAGACAACAAGCCAACUUCUCGACACUUCUAUCCUGUCGCCUUGCUUCUUGUCAGCUCACACCUGCUAGUUGUGUGGCUUAUUUUAAGUCUUGCUUUACUAUUAGCCAAAUACCAAUAAGUUUUAUGUUGUAUUCUUUCUUUUCUAUGAAUAACAACAGACUUUAAAUUAUGGGGAUGAUGCUGUAAUAUUUCUACGUUUUCAGAUUCACAAAAAUUUUAAAAAAUGUUUGAAUUGUGUUUCUGUUUGUUUUUCCUAAAACCUAAAAACAAAAAAGUACUAUGCAUUCAGUGAAUUAAUUUGCUCUUUUGUUCAUUAAUAAAAGUGUUUCCCACUGGUAAUUAGCUCAAGAAGAAUUUUUAAAUCAUUGUCUUUAGAAUAAGACAAAGAACAGAAUCCUGAAAGCUUGAAGUUCUGAGCCUCCUUUUCCUCUUCCCAGUAAAUUUAUUGUUAAAGAAAUUAAGACUUAAUUUGCACAAUACAAUAAGACCUGGAGUCCAGGCCUGGAGAUGUGGGAGGAUGCAUAUUUAAUUUCCACUGUGCUAAUAUCAUUGUUGCCAUCAGCUGAUAGGACCUUCUGCCUGGGUUUCAACCUCUUCUUAAGUCAUUUCUUUCUGCAUUUAACCCUUUCUGUCAAGUAACUUUAUGGAGAGAAUUCAUAUUUAUGUUUUGUAAUUAAAUUAGCCUGUUUCAAUGAUUGUUUUGGUUAAUUUGGUUCUCAAAGUACUUUUCUGUUCUUUUUAACAAGGUCUUGUUUCUGUCUUGAUGCACCAUGUUUGGCACCUGUCACUUUGUACUGUCUGUACAAGCCCUCUCCCUUUAUAAAGCUGAGACCUGAACUAGGCUGUUCAGAAAGCCAUUUUCUCUCUUCAUUGCACAGCUAAAAUAAUGAAGUAAAAUAGAGAUGAAACUUUCCUUUAAAAAUCUAUAGGGCCAGACUUAAUAAAUUAAAUGCCUUAUUCCUAAAACCUGCAUCCUUAGGGCUGCAUAUAGAUUUUAAUGUGUUUUAAAGAAACGUGAGAAAUUAAUUUGUGGAAAAGCUAUAAAAGGCAGAUAUAUUUAUGAAACUUAAGCAAAGCUGUAUUGUGAAGCAAACUAUAUUAAAAGAGUUUAUUAAACCUUAAGUAUCUGUUAGCAAAGAGACAUUAAUCAUCUCUUUCCGAGGGCAAUAAUGGUAUUGAGCCUGGCCUAGGAUUUAAUUUUGUAAGAUGUAUCAUCACUUGUGGGGGAAAAAAAAAUGUAGAGUUGAAUCUUUGUUAUUUUUACUUGGACUGUUGCUGCAACUCUGCAUUGAACAAAUAAAGCAUAUUUCUUUA